AUAAAAGGAGCUCUGCAGGGGGUGGGUCCUAUUCUGGGAAGAUGGCUGCAGCUGAGAUGGGGGGCGCUCUGCACCGGCGAGAGGAGCAGAGGCGGCGAAAGGCCCGGAGGGAGGCGCUCGCUGCUGAGAUCUUGGACAAGCACCCCCUGCAGAACAGGUGGGCUCUCUGGUUCUUCAAGAAUGACAAGAGCAAGACGUGGCAGGCGAACCUGCGUCUGGUCACCAAGUUCAGCACCGCGGAGGAUUUCUGGGCGCUGUACAGCCACAUCCAGCUGGCCAGCAAGCUGACGUCGGGCUGCGACUACUCCCUCUUCAAGGACGGGAUUGAGCCCAUGUGGGAAGACAACCGGAACAAGCGGGGCGGGCGCUGGCUCAUCACGCUGGCCAAGCAGCAGAGACACACGGAGCUGGACCGCUUCUGGCUGGAGACGCUGCUGUGCCUGAUUGGUGAGACGUUCGGCCCCUAUAGCGAGGACAUCUGUGGGGCCGUCAUCAACAUCCGGGCCAAGGGGGACAAGAUCGCAAUCUGGACCCGAGAGGCGGAGAACCGGGACGGGGUCACCCACAUUGGGCGGGUGUACAAGGACCGUCUGGGGCUGUCCCACAAGGUGGUGAUCGGGUACCAGGCCCAUGCGGACACGGCCACCAAGAGCGGCUCCCUCACGAAGAACAAGUUUGUGGUGUGAGUGCCCGGUUGGGCUCCCGGGACUCCUGGCAGUGCCCCGCCCGGGGGAGGUUGAGGCAGGGGCCUUCCCCCAGCGGGCUGGGCUGGCACGGGGUGGGAGAGGGCUCCGCCUGUGGUGGGAAGUGUGAUGUAAAUUCCCACAAUGCAAGUGCUGCAUCCAA